AUGUCGGGGAACAGUAUUGGUGACAUGGUCAAAUGUUGGGAGGCUAUGAAUGACAACUUAAAGUUACAAUUGGGUAAUAUUAGAGCUUCUUUUCAAAAGAGUUUUUAUGAAGUUGAGCACGCCCACGUAAGUCCAUUUUACAAUAAUUUACGUGGUUCAGUAUCUCGAGAUGCAUUGAGACGCAUUGCUGAAGAGUUAAAACGAGUUGAUUAUGUUGGAACUAACAAGGAAAUAUGUUGUUGUACUCUUAGAACAACCUACGGAUUACCUUGUGCUUGUGAGUUGACAGGAUAUAGAAUUGAUGGUAUACCGAUACCAAUAGAUGUUGUACAUGUUCAUUGGAGAAAACUAAGUAUGGAAGUUAAGUUGGAUGAAGACGUAGAUGAUGGAUCAAAGGUGGAUAUGAGUAGUGCAAUAGAUGAGUUAUGGAAAAGGUUUAAGUCACUGGAUGUUGUUGGUAAAAGGGCAUUAAAAAGUAAGGUUUUUGAACUUGCCUUCCCUACAAUGACUUCUAUGUGUCCACCACCUAAGAAAAUAAAAACUAAAAGGGGAGUCAAGAAGAAAGAUAAAAAACCAGUAGGAUAUGAUGUUUAUAGAGACCUUUUGUAUCACGAGUAUGUUGAUCAAGCAUCUCAAUCUUCACAGAUGCAAUCGCAACCAUCACAAACUUCGAAGAAGUUGAAAUUAUCACAGUCUUCACAAAAGAAAUCCCAACCAUCACAAGCUUCGAAGAAGUUGAAAUUAUCACAGUCAUCUAAGCAGUUCAUCCUUCAGUUUCCUAAUCACAUUCGGUCAUAUAUUGAUGAUGUAGUUAAUGUUGUAUCAGAUGGUAAUUAUGGAUUUAAAGUCAUUGCUUCAUUGCAUGGAUUGGGUGAAGAUGGUUGGUCAAUGAUUCGUCGAGACUUGGGGUUGGAAAUAAUACAUAAUAAAAGAUCAAGUUUUUAUGCCAAUUUAUUUACUGAUCAGUUAGCAGUGGUGAGAGAAUCUUUGAUGAUAGAGGAAGUCGGUCCUCAACCACCACAUAAAUGGUUAACUCUACUAGAUAUGGGUUACAUGAUAGCGAAUCGUUAUAAUGUUGUACUUGUCUGUUUAGAAAUUGAAUGCUGGACUUUCUUCCCUAUGACAACUUCAUUUUCACCGAAUGUAGCAAUUUACUGCAUUGGUUUUGUAAACGGAAAUCAUUGGGUUCAGGUGAACAUGAAAGAAGGGUUUCCAUUGCCACCGGUGACAAUAGAUUGGAAGAAUUUUCGUUCUCUAGUAGCAACAUCUUGGAUGCUAGGAUUUGCACGACGUCUACAACAUUGGCAACAACUUACACCUAUAUUACCAACACAUUAUACAUUAUAA